GUAUUCUUUAUUUUCCCUUAUAAAUUCUAACCUCUUUCAUUGAAUCAUACCAUUAACACAAAUCACUUCAGUAAUCUCUUCAACCAAGUCGACUAAAAUGGACAAGUUCUUCCUGCUUCCCCUGCUUUCCCUGCUGAUCAUAGCCUAUGGAGUUUCCUGCAGCAUUGACCCCGAAAGCGACAUCGACAUGGUUAAAGAGCUCGAAACUUUCGACAUUGAAGAACAGGACGACAAUGUGGUGGACACAUACGCAAUCCCAGUGUGGAAAAGUGAGCGUGGGAGUCGGUCUCUAAUGAAUGUGGAUAGUUUUGACGCGGUUGGAGAUGGAGUUACAGAUGAUACCAUGGCUUUCAGGAAGGCAUGGGAAACUGCCUGCAGCGCUGCAAAAUCAGUUCUUUUGGUGCCAAAAGAAAAGAGAUAUCUGGUGAAUGCUACCACUUUUAAAGGGCCAUGCAAUGAUGGUAUGAUAAUCCAGAUUGAAGGAACAAUAAUUGCACCAGAUGAACCAGAGAAAUGGGAUCCAAAACUUCCACGACAAUGGCUGGAAUUCACAAAACUUAAUGCAGCUACCUUUCAAGGUGAUGGAGUAAUCGACGGCUCCGGUGAAAAAUGGUGGGCAGAAUCCUGUAAAAAAAACAAGUCCAGGCCAUGCAAAGGAGCACCAACAGCAUUAACCAUUGAUUCAAGUUCAAAUAUAAGAGUAAAAGGCCUUACUAUUCAAAACAGCCAACAGAUGCAUUUCACCAUUGCACGAUCCGAAACCGUUCGGAUUACGGAGGUACGAGUCUCAUCUCCAGGAGACAGCCCGAACACAGACGGGAUCCACAUCACUCAAUCAACGAAUGUCGUAGUCCAAAACUGCAAGAUUUCUACAGGUGAUGAUUGCAUCUCCAUUGUCAAUGCUAGCUCUGGCAUCAAAAUGAAGGGGAUAUCAUGUGGACCAGGACAUGGGAUCAGCAUUGGGAGUUUAGGGAAAGACAACUCUGCUGGGAUUGUGUCAAAGGUGGUGCUAGACACUGCCUUUCUCCGAGAGACAACAAAUGGUGUUAGAAUCAAGACAUGGCAGGGAGGUUCGGGGUAUGUUCGUGCCGUACGAUUCGAAAAUGUGAGAAUGCAAGAUGUUGAGAACCCAAUUAUCAUAGAUCAAUUCUAUUGUGACUCUCCUAAUGCUUGUGAAACUCAGACAUCUGCCAUUAAAGUAAGCCAAAUCAUGUACCGGAACAUAAGUGGAACCACAACAAGCAAGAACGCAAUGAAAUUCGCCUGUAGCGACAGUGUUCCAUGCAGCAACAUAAUCCUAAGCAAUGUCAAUUUAGAGAAGACGGAUGGCACAGUGGAGACCUAUUGCCAUGCUGCUCAAGGCUUCGGAUAUGGCGUCGUGCACCCAUCGGCCGACUGCCUAACUUCCAGCGACAAUGACUUUGCUGCUAAAGAUCAAACCCAACUCCCUACUGAGCAGCACAUUGUUCACACUGAACUCUGACCUUGUUAUCCUGUCUAUCUGUACUAAACUACUAAAAGGAUCAUAAUUUUACAUAGCAUAGACAAUUAUACCUACCCUUUUGGAAUCUAAAUAGAAAUAUAGAUUACUAAGUAAAGGAUUGUACUACUGCUAGAAGAAAAUAUACAUAUUUUGAGUGUA